CGGCGGUUGCUGCGGCCCAACGACGCCGAGCUCCUGUGGCUGGACGGGCGGCCCUGCUUCGUGGUGGCCGACGCCUCCAAGGCGGGCAGCACCACGCUGCUGUGCCAGGACGGGCCCGGCUUCUACCCCCGCCAGAGCCUGCACGCCUGGCACCGGGACACGGACGCCGAGGCCCUGGAGCUGGACGGCCGGCCCCAUCUGCUGCUGGCCUCCGCCUCCCAGCGGCCCGUGCUCUUCCACUGGCUCGGGGGCCGCUUCGAGAGGCGCACGGACAUCCCCGAGGCCGAGGACGUCUACGCCACACGCCAUUUCCAGGCUGGUGGGGACGUGUUCCUGUGCCUGACGCGCUACAUCGGGGACUCCAUGGUCAUGCGCUGGGAUGGCUCCAUGUUCCGCCUCCUGCAGCAGCUUCCCUCACGUGGUGCCCACGUCUUUCAGCCACUGCUCAUCGCCAGGGACCAGCUGGCCAUCCUGGGCAGUGACUUCGCCUUCAGCCAGGUCUUCCGCCUUGAGCCUGACAAGGGGCUCCUGGAGCCUCUGCAGGAGCUGGGACCCCCAGCCCUGGUGGCCCCUCGUGCCUUUGCCCCCAUCACCUUGGCCGGCAGACGCUUCCUCUUCGCUGCUUGCUUCAAGGGCCCCACACAGAUCUACCAGCAUCACGAGUUAGACCUCAGUGCCUGAGACCCCCCGGGACCUUGGCUAUGGCUUGGAGGGAAGGGGGCAGUGGCCCGGGGAGGCCCAGGCCACUGGACACCCACUUGACUGGGCUCCUGGCCCUACUCGGGCUGAUGGUCCCUGUGAGGUACUGACCACAGGCCAAGCUCAAGGCAAGAGCUGUCCUUCAAGUCGUAAGGAACAUCUCGGCUCUGGGCACAUGCCCCGACUAAGGAUGACUUGGGGGCUCGGGCUGGGGCACUUGCAAGGAGCCGGGAUACAGAAGUCAUGAUGGGGGUAAUGUGCAGAACUCCGUGAGGUCUGGAAGUGCCCCCCUCAACCCACUCCCACCCGGCCUGCUCCCUGUGAAAGUACUGAGGGAGAGAUAGCUACCCCUUCCCUCUAAACUCCAUCCGGCCAAUCGCUUUUAGCGCCCGCCUCCGUGACGUCACCAGUCGCUGGGCCGGCCUCACUGCCGGGCUUGCUAACUUCCUCUGCUGCUUGUGCGCAUGCUUGCUGCCGAGGCGGAAGCCCAGCGUGUUGGCCCUCUUGCGCGUGCGCGGGAAACAGGUGGGCAAGCAGGAGCUGUUGCGGGGAGCCGUGGCUACGCGUCUCCAAUGAGGGACAGGGGAGAGGACAGAAAGUGUAUGAGCUCAAUAAACGCGCUGUGCACCUGC